GGCUGGGGAGCCCGGGAAUUCCCUCCUCCUCACGGAGCGAGUCCCGGGCCGCCUCUGUCGCCGUCGCUGCCGCCGGGCGCCCCAGGACGUGGAGGUGGAGGAGGGAGCGGGCCCCGCGGGCCUCGCCUCCGUCCGCCGCCCUUUCCCCACUACCGGGAGCUGCGGCCGCAGCGCCUCAUGAGAGCGCGGCCGGAGGGCAGCUUCUGUAGAUUUUAUAAUGGGCUGCAUUAAAAGUAAAGAAAACAAAACUCCAGCCAUUAAAUACAGAACUGAAAACACUCCAGAGCCUGUCAGUACAAGUGCCAGCAAUUAUGGAGCAGAUCACACUGCAGGGACACCAUCGUCUUCGGCAAAGGGAGCAUCGGUUAAUUUCAGCAGUCUUUCCAUAACACCAUUUGGAGGAUCCUCAGGGGUGACUCCUUUUGGAGGAGCUUCUUCCUCAUUCUCAGUGGUGCCAAGUUCAUAUCCUACUGGUUUAACAGGUGGUGUUACUAUAUUUGUGGCCUUAUAUGAUUAUGAAGCUAGAACCACAGAAGACCUCUCAUUUAAGAAGGGUGAACGGUUUCAAAUAAUUAACAAUACGGAAGGAGACUGGUGGGAAGCACGAUCCAUUGCUACAGGAAAGAAUGGCUAUAUCCCUAGCAAUUAUGUAGCGCCUGCGGAUUCCAUUCAGGCGGAAGAAUGGUAUUUUGGAAAAAUGGGGAGAAAAGAUGCUGAAAGAUUACUUCUGAAUCCUGGGAAUCAACGAGGUAUAUUUUUAGUAAGAGAGAGUGAAACUACUAAAGGUGCUUAUUCCCUCUCUAUUCGUGAUUGGGAUGAGGUAAGGGGUGAUAAUGUGAAACAUUACAAAAUUAGGAAACUUGACAAUGGUGGAUACUACAUUACAACCAGAGCACAAUUUGAUACUCUUCAAAAAUUGGUGAAACACUACACAGAACAUGCUGAUGGUUUAUGUCACAAGUUAACAACUGUGUGUCCAACUGUGAAACCACAGACUCAAGGUCUAGCAAAAGAUGCUUGGGAAAUUCCUCGAGAAUCUUUGAGACUAGAAGUUAAACUAGGACAAGGAUGUUUUGGUGAAGUAUGGAUGGGAACAUGGAAUGGAACCACAAAGGUAGCAAUCAAAACACUAAAGCCAGGUACAAUGAUGCCAGAAGCUUUCCUUCAAGAAGCUCAGAUAAUGAAAAAAUUAAGACAUGAUAAACUUGUUCCACUAUAUGCUGUUGUUUCUGAAGAACCAAUUUACAUAGUCACUGAAUUUAUGUCAAAAGGGAGCUUAUUAGAUUUCCUUAAGGAAGGGGAUGGAAAGUAUUUGAAGCUUCCACAACUGGUUGAUAUGGCUGCUCAGAUUGCUGAUGGCAUGGCAUAUAUUGAAAGAAUGAACUAUAUUCACCGAGAUCUUCGAGCUGCUAAUAUUCUUGUAGGAGAAAAUCUUGUAUGCAAAAUCGCAGAUUUUGGUUUAGCAAGAUUAAUUGAAGACAAUGAAUACACAGCAAGACAAGGUGCAAAAUUUCCAAUCAAAUGGACAGCUCCUGAGGCAGCAUUGUAUGGUCGAUUUACAAUAAAGUCUGAUGUAUGGUCAUUUGGAAUUCUACAGACAGAAUUGGUUACAAAGGGCAGAGUACCAUAUCCAGGUAUGGUGAACCGGGAAGUGCUGGAGCAGGUGGAACGAGGAUACAGGAUGCCCUGCCCUCAAGGCUGCCCAGAAUCCCUCCAUGAAUUGAUGAAUCUGUGUUGGAAGAAGGACCCUGACGAAAGACCAACAUUUGAGUAUAUUCAGUCUUUCCUGGAAGACUACUUCACUGCUACAGAGCCACAGUACCAGCCGGGAGAAAAUCUAUAAUCUAAAUAGCCUGUUUUAUGAGCACAGAUCUGCCAAAAUAUAAAGAAUUUAUGUAGAGUUCCUCACUUACAUUAAGGAAUCAAAAGAAGAAAAUCUUCACUCUGCAUGUUUUUAAUGGUAAACUGGAAUUCCAGAUUCGAUUGCACAAAACCACUUUUUUUUUCCAAGCGUUAAGUACCAAUGAUGAAUUUUCCAACUUAUUUCAGGGUCCAAAGAAAGUAGAGCUGAGAAUAUUGAUGACAGCUUAGUUGGUAGCAUGGUAGUGAAGAGCAACAAAGCUACUGUCUAUAAAUCACUUCUGUUCUUUACUUCCCCAAACAGAAUUGUUGAGAUUAUUUAUUGUUAUAGACAAAAUUUGGGAGAUAAAAGUUACACAUAAAAUCUAAAAUUAAGGAACUUUGUGGGACCAAAUGAUUCCAUUCCACUUUCUAAAAAUUUCUUGCGUUUAUUCUCAAAAGUUUUUUUCAAAAUCAGUCAAUAUGUAAUCUUAACAUAUGCCUCAUUUUGCAUGGAAAUGGGCCAGGUUUUUAAGAAGCAAAAAAGGAAUAUAAACAGUAUCAAAAGAAAUUAAAUUUAGACCACACCAGUGGAUUUCAGAAGUAUGAUAUACUGUGUUCAUUCUCAUGUUUAUGGAACUGGAAAAUAGAAUAAAACAUUUUUCACUUUACUCAGUUUCUGAAUAGUUCUAUUUAUAAUCAUGAAGGUAAGUAGAAAGUAAAUCUUUUUAAAGUUGUAUUGAUUUUUUAAAGGCAGUAUAUAAUUGAAGUCCAAGAGGAAAUCUUUUAAUCCUUAAAUGGCAUGAAAGUAAGACCCAGCAUUUAAAUAGUCCUUUCGAAGAAAAAAAAUAGGCUUGGUACUGUGAGCAUUGUUGCUAAUAUGUUGUUAUGGUAAUGGGUGCCACAAAUAGAAAGUACCACUAGAUCAGGGACUUGAAUGCACUUUUGCUUGUAUUGAAUAGAGACUAACAGAGAGGGAAAUGUAUUUAAAAGAAAUAUGAGAAAAGGUAAUGUGAAAGUUUUACAGGUGGAGAAUGGAAUGUAAUGUUUAAUGUUGAUGUCAUGGAGUGACAAAAUGGCUUUGCUGGCACUCAAAGCACCUCCCUUAGCUAUUUUCUGAGACUUGAAGAGUUAUAUGAAUAUAAAGCUAAUUUUUCUUAACAUAUACACUAAAUGAGUGUUAUAUCCUCAAAAUAGUGAAGUCAGGGCUUCACACUAAUUCCAAUGAUAAAGCGUUUAUGUAAAACAUUUUUAGAACUCUAGUGUUCCAAUCCAUGUUUGAAUCUGUAUUCACUUUUGAAAUAUACUUAAUGGUUAUCAUUUUUCCCUCUUAAAAUAUAGCUGAUUUAAGAAGGAAAACUUAUUCUGUGUAAUAACAGUAGUAAAGAGAAAGACAGUUUUUGCCUACUUGAAGUGCAAAGUGAAACACACAAAAUAAGCUGAUUUUUAUUUUUAUUAUAAACUCAAAGAAAUUCCAAAAUACAGAUUUGAAUAGCAGCAUUACUGCUUUAAGUGUCUAGAAGAGGGAAAACUGAACAUGAUAAUUAAAAUAAAAGUGACAUUUUAAAAUACUCUUUUAUAGCCAUACUUUAAAUAAAGCAGUAUCAGGUUCCCAGGUUUUAGGAUGUAAUUUUUAACUAUUAUCACUUACCUAAUUUCAUCAUUAAAUUUCAUAUUCUAUGCCAUGGUAUCCAUGUUCAAAUUCAGGCCAUUCUAAAAUGUGACAGGUGAACUUCAUGCAAGAUUUGGCAACAGUUCUGGUACUAAAAAUUAUGGUUGUUUCUUCUGUUUACGUAACCUGGUUAGUAUUGGAGCCCUCUGCCAAGAGGGUCUUCCUAAGAAUAGUGCUGUCAUUAUUUACCCUUAACUUCUACAACCUGUGACAUGAGAUAUUUAAAGGGCUUUAUGUGAACUAUGAUAUUGUAACUUUUCUAAGCAUUUUUAAAAGGGUAACAAAAUUAUGUUCAUAUACUAAUUCUGAUUAAAAAAAUAAGCCAGGAAAAGUUAAUGGUAUUCUUUAGGUUUUAACUGAAUGGAGCAGUGCUUUAUAAUAACAGAUGUAUAGUAAGGAUAAAACACUAACUUAAUGUUGUGUAUUCAGUUUAAAUUGUUACUUAUUUUUAAAUUGCUGAGAAAAAUAAAGUUUUGUACAUUUGGAGAUUUUUUUUUCCCAACAGUUUUUUGUCUUAAAUGUCUUAAUGUGGAAUUUAAUUAACCCUUACCAAAAAAGGAAGUUGGCAAAAUAGCCUUCUAGCACAAACACUUUUUUAAAUGAAUAAUGGUAGCUUAAAACUUAAUAUUUUUAUAAAGUGUUGUAAUAUUGUUUUGUGAAUAAUUGAAAUAAAAAUUGUUGAAUGCACCUAUUUAUCUUUUUAGUUGC